CUUGGUAUCACUCCGCUUCCAUCAGGCCGGAUCCCCUUACACUGCGCUCUAGCUCCUCCCGCUGCAGAUUUGGGUACUGGGGACGUGGCAAAGCAAAGUCUGCGGAGGAAAAGGGCACGGCACCCCUUGAGGCAAGGAAAUAAGAAAACUGCCUCUGAUCCAAGCAGAGCAGGUCCAACUUCAGUGGCAGAUCUGGUGUCCUUGGAGUGGCUGAAGACCACCACCCUCCACAGGGCUGCGCUCAGGCACACAGCCAUUCUUCCCUUACCUGAGUGAGCUUCCUCUGCACGUUGUUUAUAUCAUUGGCAGAGCCUGUAGUUGGAAAGGGGGCCGAGUGACGAAUGGACUUUGUAUGAAAACACCAACCUGGGACAGACCUUCAGUCAAGGUUGAGAUGGGGUUGGGGUAUAUAACCUGGCCUUGCCUUUAACUUGGAUCAUGACUGGCUCUCAGACUAAGGCAGGGGCAGAGCAGGGGCUGGGGCUGCCCUAAAAGCUGCAAUCAGUGGCCCUGCCAACACUAGAGCCAAGGCUAAGAUCCAGGCCAAGGCAGUGGUUGAGGCAGAACUGAAAACAGGACCAGUGCCCCAGGCCAAGGCUGGGGAUGGAGCAGUGGCCAGGACACAGUGACCUACCCUGAGGCCGUGACUAUGACAAGGGAUGUGGGCAAGAUGGAAGCUAUGACUAAGAAUAGAGUCAUGACUGAGACUAAGGCAAAAUCCAUGGCAGAACCUGGUAUAGUGCCCCAGACCAAGCCAAAGGUGAUGCCUAUGGCCAGGGUCAGUGCAGUGACCAAGUACGAAGUCGAGGCUGGUGCUGGACGUGAAGCCAAUAUCAGGUCCUUUGCCAAGGCUGAUGAUAAAGCCAAUAUUAAGUCCAGGCCCCAGAGAAAGAGAGAGGAUGGCAUCAAAUUCAGGGCUGGGGCUGGGGACAGAGCUGGUAUUGUAAUCGAGUCCAGUGAUGAGGAUGAAGAAAAUGUCUGCUCCUGGUUCUGGACCGGAGAAGAGCCUAGUGUAGGAUCCUGGUUCUGGCCUGAAGAGGAGACUCCUUCUCAAGUUUAUAAGCCUCCACCUAAGAUCCAGGAAAAGCCCAAGCCCAUACCCAAACCAGAACUCACUAUAAAACAAAAAGCAGCAGCAUGGUCAAGGGCCAGGUAUAGUGUCCUAGUCCCAAUAGAAGGAGGGGAGCCGUCCUUGCCUGCAGAAGGGAAUUGGACUCUGGUUGAGACCUUAAUUGAAACUCCUCUGGGGAUUCGGCCUCUGACCAAGAUCCCACCCUAUAAUGGGCCUUACUUCCAAACCUUAGCUGAGAUCAAAAACCAGGUUAAGUAUAGGGAAAAGUAUGGGCCCAAUCCAAGAGCCUGCCGCUGUAAAUCACGUGACUUUAGUUUAGAGCCUAAAGAGUUUGAUAAACUCGUUGCCCUACUUAAGUUAACUAAGGAUCCUUUUAUUCAUGAAAUAGCUACUAUGAUAAUGGGCAUCAGUCCUGCUUAUCCAUUUACCCAAGAUAUAAUUCAUGAUGUAGGUAUUACUGUUAUGAUUGAAAACUUGGUCAAUAAUCCCAAUGUUACAGAACACCCUAGAGCUUUAAAUAUGGUAGAUGACAACUCUGAGUCUUCUGAAGAACCAAAACCAGCAGAGUUAUAUAUACAUCAAGUUUGUAAGGACAUAAUCUCUUACCCGUUGAACUCCCCUGUGCAACUGGCUGGACUAAAAUUAUUAGUGCACCUGAGUGUGAAAUUUGAGGAUCACCGUAUAAUUGCUAAUUACAUUCCAGAUUUUCUUACUUUGUUAAACAAGGGAAGUGUCAAAACCAAGUUUUAUGUUUUAAAAGUGUUUUUGCGCUUGUCUAAAAAUCAAGCCAAUACAAGAGAACUGAUUAGUGCCAAAGUACUAUCAUCAUUGGUUGCUCCCUUUAACAAGAAUGAGUCAAAGGCCAAUAUUCUUAAUAUCAUUGAAAUAUUUGAGAAUAUAAAUUUCCAAUUCAAAAAGAAGGUGAAGCUGUUUACCAAGGAAGAGUUCACUAAAUCUGAGCUUAUUUCCAUAUUCCAGGAAGCAAAAGAGUUUGGUCAGAAACUCCAAGACUUAGCAGAGCACAGUGAUCCUGAGGUGAGAGAUAAAGUUAUACGAUUAAUACUCAAACUCUGAAUGGCUGUAUGUUCUCACAAAACCACGAACAAUUUUUUUGGUGUUGUAAUAUGAAGCCACGCGUAUUAUAAUUGUUAGUUCAAUAUUUAUGUUAUUUGUAUUGAUUGAAGGAGGCAACCUUAUGGCUACCAAAUGAUCUUGAGAGCUUGAAUGUGUGUUGAUUUUCAUUGUGCUAUAUAAAUGGAGAUAUUUUUAGUAUUUCUGCAACAUUACCUGAUAAUGGACCUAUUCAUUCUGAGUAAGCUAUACUUCUGUGCUUUAUAUUGACAUAAGUGUAUUCAUUUGAGACUUUAUUUACAUGUUAAUAAAGUUGCAUGCUAAAACUGGUGAAAAC